AUGGGAAAGAGGGCAGCCACUGUGGAGCACUCCACCCAGUCUAACUACGAGGCUGUCACUGUGACGCACGCUGACCUCGAUUUGGUGGUCGAUUUCUCUGCCAAGACCAUCAGUGGCACUGCCCAGCUCAAGUACGAGGUCAAGCGUUCAGGCUGCGAUGCGCUAAUCCUGGACACACGGGACUUGGCCAUCCAGGAAGUCUCCGUGGACGGAGCUGCCUGCCAAUUCACCCUGGCCUCGCCUCACAAGGGCUCCACCCGGGUCCGCUUUGCCACCUCCCCCGCCUCCACCGCGCUCCAGUGGCUGUCCCCCGCCCAGACCGCGGGUGGCGAGCACCCCUACCUCUUCACGCAGUGCCAGGCCAUCCACGCCCGCUCGCUGGUGCCCUGCCAGGACACGCCCGGUGCCAAGCUGACCUACGCCGCGCGCGUGCGCGUGCCGGAGGUCAUGACGGCGCUGAUGAGCGCCGUGCCCGUGGACGAGCCAGGGCGCACGGGCCAGGAAAGCGGGGACGGCACGCGCACGUUCAGCUUCGCACAGCAAGUGCCCAUCCCCAGCUACCUCCUGGCGCUGGCGGUGGGGCAGCUGGAAAGCAGGGAGCUGGGCCCCGUGUCGCGCGUCUACUCCGAGCCCAGCAUGGUGGCUGCCGGGGCGUACGAGUUCUCGGAGACCGACGCCUUCCUGCAGGCCGCCGCCUCGGUGGCGGGGCCCUACGUCUGGGGGCGGUACGAUCUCCUCCUCCUGCCCCCCUCUUUUCCCUAUGGCGGCAUGGAGAACCCCUGCCUGACCUUUGUGACCCCCACGCUGCUCGCCGGGGACCGAUCGCUGGCCAACGUCGUGGCGCACGAGAUUGCGCACUCCUGGACGGGGAACCUGGUCACCAACGCCUCGUGGGAGCACUUCUGGCUGAAUGAGGGCUGGACCAUGUGGCUCGAGCGGCGCAUCCUGGCCAAGCUCUACGGCGAAGCGACGUAUGAGUUCCAUGCCUCCCUGGGGUACCUGGACCUGCGGGAGGCCGUGGAGACCUGGGGCGCAGGCCACGACUUCACCUGUCUCGUGCCCGACCUGUCAGGCGGCAUCGACCCCGACGACGCCUUUUCGACCAUCCCCUAUGAGAAGGGCUUCUACUUCCUGCACUACCUGCAAACCCUGGUCGGGGGGCCAGAAGUGUUUGAGGCUUUCUUCAAGGAUUACAUCAAGGCCUUCAGCUUCAAGACCGUCACCAGUGACGGAUUCAAGGCCUACUUCCUGGACUACUUCACGGACAGUACGCCCGGUGUGGGGGGCAUUGACUGGGACCUCUGGUUCUACCAACCUGGAAUGCCCCCAAACGUCAACUCGUACGAUGCCAGCCUGGCUGAAUCAGCGUAUGCCCUGGCGCAGAGCUGGCACACCUCUGACCUGAUGGGCCUUGGCACCGGGAGUACUGCAGGCCCUGCCAAGGCCUCCACCACUGAUCUGGAUGGGUGGUCGGCCUCCCAGAAAGUGGCCUUCUUGGACAAACUGGGGGAGCUGAGGAGCAUGAAGCCCUUCACCCCCGCCACCACAAGGCGCAUGCAGGAGCUGUACCACUUCGAUGACUCCAAGAACGCCGAGCUGCGCCGCGCCUGGUACUCGCUCUGCAUCAAAGCAGGUGACCUGGCAAUCCUCCCACAGACCCUGGCCUUCCUCUCGGAGCAGGGCCGCAUGAAGUACCUUCGCCCGCUAUACCGCGCGCUCUACGCCCACCCCAAGAGCCGCCAGGCCGCCCUCGACACCUUUGCCGCCCAUCGCGAGAUGUACCAUCCCAUUGCCGCCAAGAUGGUCGCCACAGACCUGCAGAUGCCCGCUGCUGUCUGA